CGACGUCAGCUUCGAAGUCUCUUCGUCGUACAGAAGAAGCGGAGAACUAAAAUGGCGUCCGUGGCCAUUUCAGCAGAGACUAAGAAGAUAACGGAUUUACGCGUCGUUGAUUUAAAAACCGAACUUAAGCGGAGAAAUUUGGAUGUUACAGGAGUGAAAAAUGUUCUGAUUGCGAGACUGAAACAGGCAUUAGAAGAUGAAGGUGGUGAUCCAGAAAACAUUGAGGUCCCUGUUUCAGCUGACACAUCUACCCGAAAGAAUGUAAAAUCCAAAGGAAGGAGAUACGACUCUGACGUUGACCUGACAAUGGAAGAGGAGUCAUUUUCCAAGGAGCCUGAAGAGGAGGAAUCUGAGAAAGAUAUAACUGAUUCUGAUGAUGCUACUCGUGAAAAUACUAAAUCCUUCUCCGACGGGGAUGGCCUCAUCGAGCCCGAGGCACAGCCAGACCUGGAGGCAGAGUCUGAGAUUGAGGCAGAGCCUGAGAUUGAGGCAGAGCUGGAGCCUGAUCUUGAGGCUGAGGCAGAAGUCGAACCUGAAGUCCCAGCAAUGGAGGCCUUGGAAAGCGAAGCCGCCUCCGAACCCGCCAAAGAGGUCGAAGAUGAUAACAUAUCCGUCACCAUCCAGGCGGAAGAUGCCAUCACGCUGGAUGUGGAUGGCGACGACCUCCUGGAAACAGGUAAACAUGUGAAACUUCCAGAUUCUGAGGCAGACAAGGUCUGUGAGGAUCCGGAAGCCUCUGCCGAGACGAGGCAGGUGUCAGACUCGAUGGCCGAAGUAAAGGACAGCCACAAAGAUUGUAAGAGAGACGACAGCCCGAAGACUGAUGCAAAGAAGGACGGCAGGGAGGCCUUGAAGAAAGCUGAAACGGGAGACAAAGAAAAGGAUUCUGGGAAGAAAGGCCCCUCUUCUGCUGGGGCAGCAGGUCAAGCAAAGAGUGCCUCUAAAGACAGAGAUGGGAAGAGCACAAAAGAUGAAAAAGCAGGAAACAGCAGCACUAGCUCUACUCGUAAUCUGUGGGUUAGCGGCCUGUCGUCCAACACUAAAGCAGCUGAUUUAAAGAAUCUUUUUGGCAAAUAUGGCAAGGUUUUCAGUGCCAAAGUAGUUACCAAUGCCCGCAGCCCAGGUGCUAAAUGUUAUGGCUUGGUAACAAUGUCCUCCAGUGCUGAAGUGGCACGAUGCAUAUCCCAUCUGGACUGCACUGAGCUCCACGGUCAGCAGAUAUCUGUGGACAGAGUUAAAAGUGAUCCUUUUAAGAAAGACUCGAAAAAAGAUGGAGAGGACAAAACAGGAUCCAAUAAAGCAUCUGGGGAGAAGCGCAUUUCUACUGGGCUGAAGACUGCUAGCAAGACUCUGGCCUCCUUCAAAAAGGAAGAAAAGAAGCCAGUUGAGAAGGACAGCAAAGAAUCUUUCAAGAAACAGGACUCCAAAAGCACGAAGUCUGACGCUCCAUCCUCUGUCUCUGCUUCUGACUCCAAGAAGGAUGAGAAAAAGCACGGGCGGAAGAGUCCAGGAAAGAUGCUAAUGCUUGACCAGUCUAAAGGCCAGCAAGGCUUCAACAAACCGCGGCCACCCUUCAGAAGGGGAGGACGUUUUGACAAGAACAUUCCUCUCGUUUUUCAGCUUCCUCCUCCCAAUAUGAUGAAUAGACGUCCUAGAUGGCUCAUUCCUCCUGAACAGAUAGAAGCGAUGAAGAAAGGGAGGCCUUUUCCUAAUAAAGGUGGCAAUAAGGACAUCCUUCCAUUUGAGAAAAUGAAGGAACAGAGGAUGCGUGAGCGCAUGGUUAGAAUGGAAAGAGUCCGCAGGGCCAUGGAACUGCGCAGGCGGCGUGAGAUGGCAGAACGAGAGCGCAGAGAGCGUGAACGCAUCCGAGUAAUGCGUGAGCGUGAAGAGAGGGAGAACCUGAUGCGUGAGCGCCAGAGGCUGGAGAUGGAGAGGCAGAAACUUGAACGUGAACGCAUGGAGCGAGAACGCUUGGAGAGAGAGAGGAUCCGCAUUGAACAGGAGCGACGAAAGGAAGCUGAGCGCCUGGCUCGGGAGCGGGAAGAGCUGAGGAGGCAACAAGAACAGUUACGCUACGAGCAGGAGAAACGUAACAACCUGAAGCGAGGCCGAGACGUGGACCACAGGAGAGAUGACUCUUACUGGAAUGGAAAUAAGAAGAUUCAGCCAGAGUCAGAGGGCCGUAUAAGCCAAGCUUCAGACUACAGCAGCCGACAGCAGGGCCGCUUCAGUGACUUCAGCUCUAGAGACAGAACACGUUUCCCAGAUAGUGCUCCAGUCCAACCCGCUAACUUUGACAGGCGGAAUCGAUUUGACGGUGAACCAGAUGCUAAGAAAAAUCGUCCUGACCCACGGCGUGAAGGUUCUGGAUUUGAGCGUUAUCCUAAAAGCUUUGAUGGCGUGCGCCGGGCUGAGCCUCCUCCCCCAUCCGGCCGCUCUGAUCUUCGGGACACAGACAGAAGGGAUAUUCGUGACCGAGAUGAACGGCGCCCUGUGUCAAUGCCUGAACGGUCAGCAGGAGGCAGAGCUCCUCCUCCAGCCAUGAGCCACUCUCGAUCAGCCAGAGAUAGUGGCCACACUGGCUGGAAAAAUGACAGUGGCAUGAACACCAAACCAUCUGAUGUCAGGGGAACAGUGCGGAUGCGUCCAGAGCACUCGGGCAGAGACGGACCAGGUCCCAACAUAAGAGGCGCCACCUCUGCCAACCGUGGCAGGGGCACCUUUAGUAGCAGAGAUGGAGGCAGACCUGCCGUCAUGAGUGAGCAGCAUUUCAGCAGUGGAAGGCAGGUGGUGGUGGAGAGACAUAGCCGAGAUCAGGGACCCAGAAAGGAGUGGCAUAGCAGUGGCUCUCAGAGCGGAGGUUUUCCUGAUAACCGGUGCAUUGGAGAAAGUCGACCUGCCAUGAUGGCUUCACAUUCCAGCCAUUCCUCUGGUGGCUUGAACAGAAUCGUCCAGAUCACAAACGUCCCAAUCGCUGGCAGCAGUGGAGGAUUCAAACCCUUCAAAGGGAGGUUCUAGCGACCCAGUCUUCUUUUGCAACAAGAAAAAACACACAUUUUAUAACUUAAUUUCUUUGCUUUUUUUUUAAGUUUGAGAUAUUUGAUGUUUUUAAAAUGGUUGGACUGAAUAUUGUAAACAACCCUUUUUGUAUAGAGCCUUGUUAAAAUAAAUGUAGGACUUGUUCCUCGGCUGUUGUUACUUUAGCACACCAUACUGUACAAGCAGCUUGUGCAGUUUGAACUUUUGUUUUUUUCUUUGUGUAUUUAAACUUGUGUUUUGGAAAAACUAGGCAGCGCAGCAUUGGGGGACAGUGCUGUGUGUAGCAGUAGACAUGCAGUGUGUUCUUCCUGUUUCAUAAUGCUCUGGGUUUUGCCGCUUCAUUAAAUCCUACAGAUUGUUAAGUGUUUGUAUUCUGGUCAGAACACUAAAAUACAUUCUUUUGUGAAGUACCACAAUGCAA